UUGGAUGUAACGGAGGAUACCUUUGAAAAGGAGGUCUUGCAGGCUGACGUCCCUGUCUUGGUUGACUUCUGGGCGACGUGGUGUGGCCCCUGCAAAUUGAUUGCGCCACUAUUGACCACAUUGGAAAAGGAAUACGGAUCUGCUAUGAAGAUUGUCAAAAUUGAAGCAGAUCCCUGUCCAAACCUUAUGGAGCAGUAUAAGGCACGACCCCUGCCUACCUUUGUGCAAUAU